AUGUUCACGACUGGAAAUGAAAGCCUUCGGUUGCUGGCAAGUGAUCCGGAUCUGCGGGACUCACUCCUUGGUGUGUUGGAGGGGAUAAUGGCCCGCGAUGCAGGUACUAUCAACCCGGCAGUCCUAUCUGGCCCAACCACAGACUACCAAAGAGGUUAUCCACUGGUGUUUAACAUUUGCGACCUAAGCCCUCCAAUACCCCUCGUGGACAAUAGUGAACCACAGCAGGAUCCUUAUAUGACCACAGAAAGCCAAUUCCUGGACGACUUUAAUGAUCUAGAUAUGAUCCAGCAAACUCCCUUCCCCUCCUGGUCUCUAGGUCCGGGUCCUGUUUCGAGUCUUACGGAAGGCAUUUCAACAGACGCCUCGGCAUCGCCAAUACAAAAUGCCGUUCGCAGCCUGCCAUCUGUCGAGAGCGUUAUCAAGGGGAAUAAGCGAACAUACCAGGACACAACGAAACAAAACAAGCGAAAAGCAUCCCUGCGCGAUAGCAAGGAAGCUAGUACGAUGAUUGAAGAAUUUUUGGCUCAAGAAAGAGCAAAAUGCAAAGACGAAAGACUGCUCCCGGAGAAUACCUACUUUGACAUGAAUACCCAGAAUGCGACGUCCAAGUUCGAGGAAUCUCUUGCAGUUUUGUUGGUAACAAUAGCGGCGCCACAGCGAAUAGCUAGUCUGCGUGACAUUAUAUGCUGUGCAAGAGUUGAGAAGCCGUUGCGAAAAUACGCCUUGAGGGGCGAGAUAAUACCAAGCGAGAGAGUGAAGAUGAUUUUAGAGCUAGACGAAAAAGUUGCAGGCGCCCAACUUGUGCAGUGGUAUCAUAUCAUCGCCCUCUUUGAAGCAUGUGGCGGUCCUGAAACUCGUUCAGUGACCCGAUUUGUGAAUAACAUGCCGACAACUUUCCAACCGCAAAGAAGAGGGUGUUUUGGAAAUCCAGCUAACAGAGACGAUGCAAAUGUAGCUCAAACGAUGAUGGAGGAAAUCUAUCCUGGCCUCCAGGCUGGGACUGUGGAGUAUCGGACAAAGCUGGCCACUUUCAAGAAACUUCGUCAGCUUGGGAAGCGACUGCACCUGCUGGUUGAGAAAUUCGGUCGAGGGGUGCUUGGUCUGAUGAUGCCAUUUAGCUGUGAGAAUGGUACCCACAGACCUUUGCCAGAUUUCAAGUAA